CACCCUUUUCUCUGGACAGAUGACGGCCGUGUACAAAUAUGAGUGUCGAAACUCCUUCUGUCCACCCAGCUCUCGAGCCUCAGCUCUCAAUCCCCCUUCCAUAAGUAGUAAGCACCAGACAUACAUCCAAAACAACCUCACCACUUCUUCCAUCACUCCAUAUCGACCAACACUUCCAGACCACUAAUCAUGACGCCCACCAACCUCAAACUCACCACCUGCCUCUGGUUCGACGGCCAAGCCUCCGACGCCGCGCACUUCUACACCUCCAUCUUCCCCAACUCUCAGAUCCUCACCACCCAGCGCUUCCUCGAAGCCGGCAAGGAGCACCACGGCCGCGAGCCCGGCAGCGUCAUGGUGGUCGAGUUCGACCUCGACGGCCACCGCUUUGUCGGGCUGAACGGCGGGCCGCAGUUCAAGCAUUCCGAGGCCGUCUCAUUCCAGAUCGACUGCGCCACCCAGGACGAGGUCGACUACUACUGGGCCCGGCUGGGCAAGGACGCCGGUGGCGACGAGACCAAGGGCUGCGGCUGGGUCGCCGACAAGUUUGGUGUCUGCUGGCAGGUGAUUCCCACCCGUCUGAAGGAGAUGAUUGGGAGUGAGGAUAAGGAAGCGGCUGGGCGGGCUGCCGUGGCCAUGGGGAAUAUGACCAAGUUUGAUAUUGAGGCGUUGGAGAAGGCUUUCAGGGGUGAUUGAAGGGUGGAGGCACUGGUUCGGGUUUCUUGCAUGGGGCAUGUGAUCACAUAUGGCAUCGAUGGGAAGUGAGAGACUCUGGCACUGCUUGUCGUUCUUCUAUGUCCAUGUCAUCGUUUGUUCAGGGCUCAGCCUGCAGCGUUAUUGAGUUGUUGAACGGAUACGGUUUAGGAUUAGCCUCAAGGUCCAGUCGAAACAUGGCGGAGAACGGUACUGUACACCCAAUAUAAGUCUCGAAUCCAUCCCCC